AAGGGAACCGGGAACCGGAACCGGUCUCCUUGGAACCGGGAACCGAACCGGACCCUGCGGUGCGGUUCUCCGGUUCUCCGGUUCUACCCAGGAACCGUGCGCACCCCUACUCUCCGGCCUUGUAAACCCUUUCUACUUUCUUGUUCUCGCUCUCGGAUUUGGGCUCUCUCUCUCUCUCUCUCUCUCUCUCUCUCUCUCUCUCUCCUAUCCGGCGGCGCCCUUCGAUCUUCCCCUUUCUAGUCACAACUUAGUCGAUGUCUCAUCUCGGUAGGCCGUCUGUUAGCGCAUCAGGUGCUGACACAUUAGGAAUGGAGUUUGAAGUGUUCCUGAGUUUUAGGGGACCGGAUACUCGGGACAACUUUACUAGUUGUCUCUAUCAUGACAUGAUUGAGAAAGGAAUCCGCGUCUUCAAAGAUGAUGAAGAGCUCCGAAUUGGUCAGUAGAUUGGUGGAAAUCUUUUGCGAGCCCUUGACAACACUCAAAUCUAUAUCCCCAUCUUCUCUAAGGGCUUCGCUUCUAGUCCGUGGUGCCUCCGUGAGGUUGCGCAUAUGGUAGAUUGCACUUCAAAGUCGGACGGGAAGAAGGAGAUCCUCCCCCUUUUCUUCGAUGUGAAACCGGAUGAUGUCAAGCUUAGAACUGAAUUGUACAGUAAUGACUUGUCUAAGCAUGAGAAGAAUCAUUGUCCCGGUGUGGUGAAGCGCUGGAAAGCUGCUCUUCGUGAGGUUGCAACUAGAGUAGGCUGGACGGGGCAAGGGAAAGAGUAUGGAGAACUUUUAAAAUUGAUUGUUCGAGAGGUUCUACUUAAGUUGAAGGUGAAGAACAGACAUCUUCCCAACAAUCUAGUUGAAAUGGAUAAUGAAGAAGAUAUAGAGGAGUUGUUGAAAGUUGAUUCUGAUGAUCAUGUGCGUUUUGUUAUAAUAUAUGGGACGGGCGGUAUUGGUAAAACUACUCUUGCUAGCAUUAUCUUCAACCGCUUCCAAUCCAAAUUCGAUUACUCUAGUUUCCUAGAAGAAUUAUCACACCGUCAUGGUCUUUUACACGUGCAAAAGAAACUGUUAUUCGAUACAUUGGGCUCGCCCUCUGACAGAAUCUCUGACAUUAACGACGGGAUCAAUCAACUAAAAAGAGGACUGAAAGAGAAAAAAGUUCUGGUUGUUCUUGAUAAUGUGAAUGACAAGAACCAACUUGAGACGCUCGCAGGGAGCCACAAAUGGUUCACUCGUGGAAUCAGGAUCAUAGUCACAGUUAGGGAUAGAAGGACAAUUCUAGAUAGGAUAAUAAUAGAUGAGGAUGAGCAAAAGCGACAUGUUCGUUACAUAGAGUACCCGGUAAAGCUAAUGCCUUUGGAUCGUUCUAUUCAGCUUUUCAGUAAGCAUGCCUUUAGAAGCAAUACUCCUCCAAAAGAUUGGCUCAAUUUCUCAAAAGAUGUCAUUUUAAGCAUAGGGAGGCUUCCUUUGACUUUGGAAGUCGUGGGUUCCCUUUUUGCCGGUACGGACAGAUCAAAGUGGGAUGAGACAUUGAAGGAUUUAAAGCAAGUCCCAUGUCAGGAAGUUCGAGAAGCACUAAUGAUAAGUUUUAACAAAUUGGGCCGCCAUAACCAAGAAAUAUUCCUAGACAUAGCAUGUUUUUGCAUUGGCGAGGAUAAGAUGCAUGCGUAUUACAUGUGGACCGAUUGCGGAUAUUGUCCACAUAGAGCAAUUGAGGACCUUCUCCUUAUGUCAUUGAUAAAGAUCGAUGAGGACAAUACAUUUUGGAUGCAUAAUGAAGUUCGAGAUCUAGGAAGGUACAUUGUCAAGGAAGUGAGUUUUGAAGAUGCUGGAAAGCGCCGUUGGGUGGAAAUUGGUGAGAAUACUUUGGACAUACUGAGCAGCAUCGAGGAAAAAGGAGAUGUACGAGCACUCACUUUGGGUAUUACUCAUGACUUGACACCCGAAGAAUUAGCAUGUUUGCCAAAGUUGAGGUUCCUCGGAGGGCAAACAUUAAAUUUCGUAGGCGACUUCAAAAAUCUUCUUAAGAAACUGCAGUGGCUUUCUUGGCAUCAUUUCCUACCGAAUUUUUCAGCAACUAAUCUUCACCUAGUGAAUUUGGUCGUGCUCAACCUUUCGAGGAGCAACAUCACCCACGACUGGAAUGGAUGGAGGCAAAUCGAGAUGGCAAAAAGGUUGAAAUUUCUAGAUUUGACGGAAUGCUAUAAUUUAACUAGGACACCUGAUUUUUCAGAGUUUGGCAAGUUGGAGAAAUUGAUUUUUGCAAGGUGUUGCCAAUUGUCUACAAUUGAUAGCUCAAUCAGUAAGCUAAAAAGGCUAAGUACUUUGAAUAUUCAGGGAUGUGCAUCCCUUGAAGGGUUGCCCGAAGAAAUCGGUUCUACACAAUGCUUGUCGGAGAUUAUUAUGCCCCACUUUGGCAAACUAUUCAAGCUUCCCGAUACACUAGGCAAUCUAAAAUCUUUGACAAAGUUUGAAGUCAUAGGUCAUUAUGGUAUCAGCCAAAUUCCUCACUCUAUUGGAAGGUUGAAUCUUACACAUUUGGUUUUGUCCUCUUGCAAUAAUCUACAUGAGCUUCCAGACUCUAUUGGAGAACUAGAAUUGUUGAUCAAGUUGGAUCUAAGAUUCUCGGGGAUCUCCGUUCUCCCUGAAUCCAUUGGAAAGUUAAAGAAUCUCGAACAUUUGCUUUUACAUCAUUGUGAGAAUUUACAUAAGCUUCCAGACUCUAUUGGGGAAUUAGAAUCAUUGAUCGAGUUGGAUUUAAGUUUUUCAAGGAUCUCUGUUCUCCCUUCCAUUGAAAGGUUAAAGAAUCUCAAGUAUUUGCUUUUAUCAUGCAUAAAUCUACAUAAGCUUCCAGACUCUAUCGGGGAACUAGAAUCAUUAGUCGAGUUGGAUUUAGAAUUGUCAGGGAUCUCCGUUCUCCCUAAUUCCCUUGGAAGGUUAAAGAAUCUCAGACAUUUGUUUUUCUUUGCAUGCAUGAAUCUACAUAAGCUUCCAGAUUCUAUCGGGGAACUAGAAUUAUUGAUCAACUUGGAUUUAGAAUUCUCAAGAAUCUCCAUUGCCCCUAAUUCUAUUGGAGGGUUAACGAAUUUGAUGCAAUUGUCUUUUUCUAGAUGUGAGAAUCUACAUGAGCUUCGAACUCUAUUGGAGAACUACAAGCAUUGGUCGAGCUGAAUUUAGAACUCUCGGGAAUCUCCAUUGUCCCUGAUUCUAUUGGAAGGUUAAUGAAUUUGAUGCAUUUGUCCUUUUUUAGAUGCGAGAAUCUACAUGUGCUUCCGGACUCUAUUGGGGAACUACAAGCAUUGGUCGAGUUGAAUUUAGAGCUCUCAGGAAUCUCCAUUCUCCCUGAAUCCAUUGGAAGGUUAAAGAAUCUCAAACAUUUGCUUUUAUCUAAAUGUAAGAAUCUACAUAAUCUUCCGGAUUCUAUGGGGGGACUAGAAUCAUUGAUUAAGUUGGAUUUAGAUUUCUCGGGGGUCUCUAUUCUCCCUGGUUCUAUUGGAAGGUUAAGAAAUUUCACACAUUUGUCUUUUUCUGAAUGCAAUAAUCCACUAAAGCUUGCAUGCUCUGCUGGGGAACCAAAAUUAUUGAUCAAGUUGGAGAUAAAACUCUCAGAAAUCUCUGUUGUCCUUGAUUUCACUAAAAGGUUAAAGAGUCUCACGCAUAUUUCCUUUUUUGGAUGCAAUAAUCUACAUAUGCUUUCAGACUCUAUUGAGGAAAUGGAAUUAUUGGUCGAGUUGAAUUUAAAGUUAUCGGGAAUCUCCCUUCUCCCUGAUUCCAUUGGAAAUAUGAAGAGUCUAAAAGUCUUAAGCGUAGCACACACAAAGAUACACACGAUACCUUGUGCUCUUCGAAGGGUGGAGACGCUUGAAGAGCUCGAUGCCUCGUUUUGUCCGCAUCUCAUGGAUGAAAUUCCAUGGGAAAUGUGGAGCUUGACCCGUUUGAGGAUCUUGAACUUAGAUGGGAGCCCAAUAUCUACCGUGCCAAGAAAGAUAAGUGGUUUCUCUAGUCUCCAAACACUAAAAAUUACAAGUCACCGGCUUUUCCCGUUGCCACAGCUUCCCUCAAGUUUAAAAUGCCUAGUGGUUGCAGCUGCUGAGUUCCCUGUUCUUCCUGACCUCUCAAGCCUAGUUCAUUUAGAUUAUCUCGAAGUGCGUAAAGAAGAACGCAUGACACUUUGGAUCCCGAACGUGGUUUCCCCGCCUUGGAAGGACAUGCCCUCUACCAAUCGGCUUUCACUUAGCUUAUCAACCUUGAAACUUCACUCUAUUCCAAAAUUGCCAAAUAUUUCUGAUUUCCAAAGCUUGUCAAUUCUCUCUAUUAGCGAAUGUCCAAUGCCACGCUUGCCGGAUCUAUCACACUUGAAGAGGCUACAAAAGUUAAGUCUCACUCACUUCCCCAAACUGAUGGAGAUUCCAGGUUUGGGGAAACUGGAAUCGCUGAAGUUUCUGCACAUCAUCAGUUGUGAUGUGAUCAGAGAAUUGCCUAACCUGUCGAAGUUGACAAAUUUAUUGCAUCUCGAGCUGAGACACUGUGCAAAAUUGAGAGCCGUCCAAGGCUUGAAAGAAUUGAAAUUUUUGAAAAUUGCGGAGAUCAGUUAUUGCGUGUCCCUGGAAAGGUUGCCCAAAGUGCCGCCAUUCACCAAUUUGGAGACAGAAGGGACGCCGAAAUGCACCAUUCACCCAAGUAAGCGAUUGCGAC